UUUUCUACUUUUAUCAACAUGGAAAGCUCAGAUGCUAAUAAUAAAGGAAAUAUCAAUCCAUCGGAAGCACAGCGCCGGAGUCAAUUGGACCGGUUGGACCGAGAAGAAGCUUUCUAUCACUUUGUAAAUAACCUGAGUGAAGAAGACUACAGGCUAAUGAGAGAUAACAACUUACUAGGCACUCCUGGUGAAAUUACGGAAGAAGAGUUGCUAAGAAGGCUCCAGCAAAUCAAGGAAGGCCCACCCCCACAGCACGUUGAAGACAACAGAGGUGCAGAAUCCACUGAAGAUGUAUCUAAUGGUGAUUCCAUAAUAGAUUGGCUUAAUUCAGUUCGACAAACUGGGAAUACAACACGAAGUGGGCAGAGAGGCAACCAGUCUUGGAGAGCAGUAAGCCGGACUAAUCCAAACAGCGGGGAUUUCAGAUUUAGUUUGGAAAUAAAUGUCAACCGCAAUAACGGGAACCCAAGUACAGAAACUGAGGGUGAGCCAUCUGUAGAACCCCCCACUGGAGAGGAUCUAGAAAAUAACCAAAGUGACACUGAGACUUCAAGGUCUGCCUCUCCUCCUGUUCUAAGGCAGAGCUCCUCUCCUCCUGUUGCCAGGCAGCCUGACUCAGAAAUGAGUUAUGCUGAAGAACUAAAUGAAGACAUUUCUCUUCAGAGAGGCCAGAGAAGGUCAAGAAGCAGAAGUCCUGAACAACGGAGGACACGGGCAAGGACUGAUAGAAGUAGAUCCCCUCUUAGUCCAGUGAGUGAAUCUCCUCGCAGGAUACAUCACAAUACAUCCUCUCAAACACCUGAUGUUCCCUUGGUUGGUGAAGCAGAAGGAAGUUCUAGAACAAGACAACACAUGGUCAUACGGCAACACGCAGCAAAUUCUGAGAUGCCCACUGAAAAUACUGUUCUCUUUUCAACCUCUGAAGCAAGACCUGUCCCUCAGGCAGCAGGGUCUUCAGAAACAAGUGGCAGUGCGGAACCAGCAGCCCCUGGACAGAGACCUCCCACAAUCGUUCUUGACUUGCAGGUGAGACGGGUUCGUCCAGGAGAAUACAGGCAGAGAGACAGUAUAGCCAACCGAACCCGGUCAAGGUCCCAGACUCCAAACAAUACGGUCACUUAUGAAAGUGAGCGAGGAGGGUUUAGACGUACCUUUUCACGCUCGGAAAGGGCAGGUGUGAGAACUUAUGUCAGUACCAUUAGGAUUCCUAUUCGCAGAAUCUUGAACACAGGUCUGAGUGAGACCACCUCGGUUGCCAUUCAAACCAUGUUAAGACAGAUCAUGACUGGCUUUGGUGAGCUCAGUUACUUCAUGUACAGCGAUAGCGAUGCUGAUCCUGGGGGCUCAGCACCAAACCCAAAUGUAGAAAUGGCAGAAGCCCAGGCUGGAGGCGGCAGUGGAAAUAGUCAUUCAAGCCAUGAAGGUACUGAGGCUGGAUCGGGAGAGGCAUAUGAAGGUAGCCAAGAAGGGGGGCCCACGGCUGGCCCAAGACGGGAAGGGCGGAACGCGAGGGGGUCAGUUACUUUUGAAGAAAGCGGCUCUUUGCCAUUCCUUAGCUUGGCACAGUUUUUUCUACUUAACGAAGAAGAUGAUGACCAGCCUAGAGGGCUCACCAAAGAACAAAUUGACAACCUUGCCAUGAGGAAUUUUGGUGAAAGCGAUGCUCUGAAAACCUGUAGUGUUUGUAUCACCGAAUACACCGAAGGGAAUAAGCUUAGAAAACUACCUUGCUCCCAUGAGUAUCACGUACACUGCAUAGAUCGCUGGCUGUCCGAAAAUUCCACUUGCCCAAUUUGCCGCCGAGCCGUCUUGGCUUCGGCUAACCGGGAGAGCGUUGUCUAAGCCACCGUGGUAUCCUUUCAGCUGAUUACGUGGUGAGGGAACAAUGGGCAAGACGCUGCUUGCAACAGCCACUUUUUGUGUGGUGGUUAUAAAUAUAAAACAAAAAAUAGUGUGAUUUCCUCUUAUGAAAUGGAAUUUAAAAAAAAAACAAAACAGAAACUAAACCUUCUCAAUUAGGGUUCCUAAAAUAAUACCAGGUUUGUGUUGUCAAUUAAAAAGAAAAGAGAAAACUCUAUAUUUGCCCAAAGACACUUGGCUGUUGUAUAGUUUCAGUUUUCCAACACAAACCAGGUUCCCAUCCCUCUUGGUCCCAAUGUGUGUUGAAUGCUGGAGACCUCGACUAACUGGAGUCCUUUAGCUGCAUACAGCCCAUGCUUCAUUGUGGAUUAAAGCAAAACAGACUCCGCUACCCUGGCAGAACAGUGAAAUUAAUCCUCUAUGUCUGAUUUUAGCUCCUUUCUUGUAUAGGGUAUUGAAUAUGGUAAUGUAAAUAACACUAACGUCAGCCCCUCUCCCACUGUACAGCUGUCUUAAGCCCAACACUAUGGCACGCCAUAGAAUGACCUAGUUUAAUGGGGAUAUUUAUCUUGCUGUGGAAAUAUAUUAAUUAAUUGCUUAUGCUUGUUUAAAUAAACACUUUUGUUUUAAAAACAGUAAAGCUUUUUGUACAGGUCAGUGACUUUUCCACUGCACUUUUGUGCAAACACUUUCAGAAUCAAACCUCCACUGUGUUUCAUCAUGAGAGCACAUGGUGUGGCUCUCCACACCUUGGGCAAGCCUCAUGGCAAAGAGCCCAGCUUUCGUCAGUAUUUAUUUUUUUAAAGAAUAAACAUUGGGAGUUGAGAUAACCUGGAUGAGCAAGAGCCCUGCAACCUCUGAGCAUGGGAUGUCUGCAUUGUUUGGAUGCAGGGCUGUUUCUGGAAAGAUUAAGAUGGCCAGUGUGCUGCUGUGGGGGCUCUGCUCACCCGAGUUUUUCCAGCACAAACUUCCAUGAACACAUUUCGUGUAGAAGUCAGGCUUCCAGUUUGUACAUUGGGCUGUAUUUGCACAGCAUACUUGAGCAAAAUGUGGUCGCUGGCUGCUUCAUGGCUCUGUGUGUUGUGUGAAUCCAGGUCUGUGUGGUUAGUUCAUGACUCAGUACAUUGUGAACCAAUGUCAUUGGACUGAAUGGGGUAACCAUGGUUCAGUUAGCCAUUGCAGUGCUGCCUUCAAGUUGCUGGGACUUUUUUUUUUGUCCCAGCUCUCCAAAGGUAGCUGGUUAUGUUAUUUUGGCACAGUGAAACCUACUUAUUUUCCAUCUUGCUCUGAAUGCAGAUACUUUCUUUGCGCACAAUACUUCUAACCACUGUAUGUCAGGCAUUUGUGGCUUUCAGCAAAACUUUCUAGUGACUUGUAUACUUUUAAUUGGGAUGUUUUUAAAGUUGUAUCACUUUGAAAGUUUAGUUCCUUGCUUGGAGGUGGAAGAGGAGCUAUUGGAUAAACCUACUGGGAUUUUUUUCCCUCCUAAGCAAGUGGUCUAUCAAAUUAAAACUUAUGAAUUCAUCUAUUAGUCUUAAAGCAACCGCUUGGAAACACAUCAGAUUAUUUCUUCUAUGCUGUAUAUAUACUAGGAAUAAUUUUUAUUGAGUAAAUAAAUUGUGCUUUUGCUUAUAGAUUUUGCAACAGUUUUUAUCUUCCAUUAUGAUAUACAAAGAAUAAUUUUUCCUUGGAUAUUAAAAAAGGGAACACCAAGCAGUUUUAUCUUCUAAAUAUCUUCUGCUGUGCCUAGCUAAGAAUUGCAGCACGUUUUCUCCCUCUCCUAUCGCCUCAAAAAAAAAUUGUUUGUAAUUAACAUUAAUGUUGUGUUUGCUUCUCAAAUGAAUAUCUAUUCUUACAAAGCAUCUAAGU